AUCCGUUUUGCCGUCUUUUUGGCAGAUGCUUGGGAGAUGGUCGUUUCCUGUCUGCGCGAAUUCUGCACUUGAGAGAGGAGAGGGAAAAAAACAGAUUUUGAGUAGAAAAUGAUUUAAGUGCUCCCCUAAAUAUUUGUCUAGGAAGUGUUUGUCUUUUUGCAUCAGAGGCUCCCUUGGAAAUUGGAGUUUGAUGCAUGCCAGGCAGAGAAAGCAGCUGUGUGUUAUUGAUUCAAGCGCUGCCCCGUCACCAGCACGAUCUGCAGGAAGAAUGUUUCAGCAGGGAGUCAUUCUGCAGAGGGUGCAUUGAGGAGUAACUUCAGAACAAGUUCGUAUCACUUUUUUUAACAAUUUUGCUUUUCAAGAAGGAUUGAUUAUGUCCUAGGAUUACCUAGCCUCCUGUUUUGUAAAGCCUUUCAUAUGCUGUGUGUGUUUUUACCGGUUUUAGAAAUUACUGGAGGUGGGAAAAGGGAAAAGGGAAAGUUGAUUUGUUUUGGCCCUGGACUGGUUAUUGCCUCCCCUCCCGCUUGUUCUUCCUCAGCGUUCUCCUCCCUCACUCCCACUCUCUCUUUCACAUCUGGAGGGGACUAGCAAGGACGGCAGCUUUCACCAACGACCCUCUUGCAAUGGACAUGGACUACAGAGGCUGCUUCAGUCUUCAUCGCUGUCUGUAGGGUUGCCCUUAACCUAUAGGAGAAGAAGGCUUCUGCACUUGUGACAGUAGGAGGAGGCUCCUCAGCAUACACCCUGUGGAGUGAGAGUGGACAGAGAGUGGUGGCGGAAGUGGGGCAGCCAUGGGCCGACACGGAGGCCUGCUGCAGCUGCUGUGCCUGGUGACGCUGGGCUGGGCCCUGGUGCUGUGCCAGUUCCAGCCCUCGCUGCGAAAGCUGCAGGAGGGGGAGUACGAGGUGGUCGAGGAGGAGGAGGAGGAGUACGAGGACGGACUGGAGGAGGAGGAGGAGGAGGAGGUGAUGGUGGUGCAGAGCGGCGCAGCAGGAGGAAGAGGAGGGGAGAGUAAGAAGAAGGAGACGCCCAGCUGUCCGAAGGAAUGCACGUGCUCCAACGAGGGGGCGGUGGACUGUGCUGGGGUCAACCUCGCUGACUUCCCCAGUGACCUCUCAGAGGACACACGCCAGCUCUCUCUACAGAAUAACCAGAUCACAGAGGUCACCACCGACGAUCUGGAACGCCUCCACCAACUGCAGACUCUUAACCUACAGAACAAUCGCCUCACUACUCAAGGUCUUGAAGAUGAGGGGUUUGAAGUACUGGAACAACUGAAUUACUUGUAUCUGGCCAAUAAUAAGCUCACUGCAGCUCCAAAGCACCUUCCACCAUCCCUGGUCAGUGCAGACUUUGCCGCUAACCAACUCACCAAGAUCUACCCAUACACGUUUGGCCAGAAGCCAGGCCUCAAAUCAGUGUACCUACAUAACAAUAAGCUGACAGAUGCAGGCCUCCCUGAGGACAUGUUCAAUGGCUCAAGCAGCCUAGAAAUCCUCAUCAUGUCCAGCAACUUCCUGCGUUCGGUCCCCAAGAACCUCCCCCUUGCCCUCUACAGGCUCCACCUGAAGAAUAACAAGCUGGUCAAGAUUCCCUCGGGUGCUUUUGAGAACCUCUCCAACCUAUGGGAACUUUGCCUACAGAACAACCUCCUCAGCAACGAUGGCAUGGACAAUGAAACCUUCAGUCAGCUGAGGAACCUGGAGUACCUGGACCUCUCCAACAACAACCUGACGGAGGUUCCCGACAACCUCCCGCGCAACCUGGUGGUGCUCCACCUGGAGAAGAACUCCAUCCGCAGCAUCUCGGCCUCGGCGCUGGUCCAGGUGCGCAACCUGGAGUACCUGCUGGUGCACAACAACCAGCUGCGCUCGCGCUUCAUCGAGCCCGCCGCCUUCCGCGGCCUCAAGAAGCUGCACACGCUGCACAUGUACCACAACCUGCUGGAGCGCGUGCCCCGCGGCCUGCCGCGCCGCGCCAAGACCCUCAUGCUGCUGCACAACCGCAUCGCCGAAAUCGGCCGCAACGACCUCGUGCUGCUCUACACGCUCACCGAGCUCAACCUCAGCUACAACCGGCUGACCAACGCGCGGCUGCACCGCGAGGCCUUCCGCAAGCUGCGGCUGCUCGAGCGGCUGGACCUGUCGGGCAACGGGCUGCACGCGCUGCCACUGGGUCUGCCGCGGAGCCUGCAGGUGCUCAAGGUCAAGGACAACCGGCUGGACAGCAUCCCCGAGGGCGCGCUGGCCGGCAUGGGCAAGCUCAAGGAGGUCAACCUGGCCAACAACCAGCUCAAGCUCAACUCCAUCUACCAGGGCGCGUGGCAGGAGGUCACUGAGCUGACGACCUUGGAUCUGUCAGGCAACCUGCUGUCUCAUAUCCCGCCGGACCUGCCCGAGUCUCUUGAGUUCCUGCACCUCCAGCAUAACCGCAUUAGCCGGCUCCCCGAAACCGCCUUUGACAGCACGCCCAACAUCAAGGGCAUCUUUCUGAGGUUCAACCCACUGUCAGCGAACGCCGUGAAAGAGAGCUCCUUCGCCCACCUGGUGCACCUGCAGGUGCUGGACAUCGGCUACGGUAAUGCAGCCCAAGGCCCCGGCAUCGGCGAGGAAGAGGAAGAGGAAAAAGACCUGGCGAUAUGGGACCGGGCCGGAGGAGGAGGAGGACAGGGCGACGACAGCGAGGCCUAAACCCACACGACUGUGAAGACGAGCCGCCGUUGACAGUUCCAGACGGAUCCUGGUGCCCCUGUGCCCCUGUGCGUCGUUAACUCUCUACGCCUAACGAGAGCCUCCUAGAAACCGAGCUCUUCAGACCUCUUCAACCUGAGCUCUUCAGUUCUUAAGUACACCGAUUCGGACUAUUGUGAUAUGGGGAGUUGGGAGAGGAAGAGAGCCAUUCAGAUAAGUUGAUGAGGGUUGUGAUUGCAAUAGAGAGACUGCAAAUUUUGGGCUAUUGGUAAAGAAAUGUAUUGAAUAAUUUGCCCCCCCCCUCCCUUUGUGGCUGGUGCAGGAUACCAGACCAGGAUCCCCCCCCUCCCCCUCCUUUUUGUGUUCACCUAGGAUGACUGCAGACAUGUUUAUUUUGCUUGUGGUGACACCAUAGGAGAGAGUUGUACACAGAGCAGGCUUUGAGUUGUAUCUCAUGCAGGUUGUACAGUAUCUCAUACAAGUUGGUUUAAGAAGAAGGAUGGUCAAGUAGCACAAGAUAAAUACAUGAUAAAAUAUAUAAAUAUAAUUAUGUAAAUAAGUAAAAUGCAUACAUACCAUGAGCAAGGCCCAUACAGUAGAUUGUGGUGAACAAGUGAAUGAUGCGACUAGUAAUCAGUGUGACUAGAAUCAGGGCUACUGAUGCUCCCAAAAGGGUCGGUUAAGUCGGAGGAGCAGGGUCACCUUUAGGUCUUGUCAUUGAAUGAUGCCUCUCAGCCAAUUAGCCAUUCUGCAUGGACACUAGGCUAUUGCAUGCUAUUGCAAAGUUACACGUCUGUGUUUUUCAAACCUUCUUGUCCUUUAUUUGUGCAGUAAAUGUGGGGUUUCUUUUGCGAAUAAAGAUUGCAUCUAUUUUUGUAUGGUAUGUAGAAAUAUUCACUCACGUGACAUCCGACUCACUAUCAUAUUUCUACACUUUUUUUGCAUUCAAAAUAAAAUUCUUGGCAGAUAAA